GGAGAGGGAGGAAGAGGAGAGGGAGGAGCUGGGAAAGCACCAGAAGAGGCAGCUGAGAGCGAGAGUGGAACAGACGGAGGCAGCACUGACUGCAGUCAGCUGAGCUCCACUACGCUCACAUCUGGAUCCAUCAGAACAUCUGGACAAGACCAAACCAGACUAGACCGGACCAGACCGGACAGAACUUUGUCCCCUCGAGGGAAAAGGAAGAGCUGACAGAGAGCGAGGAGAGAUUCUCUUCAUCCUCCCACUGACAAAAAAACAAACCACACGAGGAAGAAGCAGCCGAGCAGAGGAGAUGAGUGUGAACGCUGUCGCCACCUCACAGUGAAGUGAAGUGAAGUAAAAUGGACAGGAUGCUGACUGCUUCACAAAUCUGAUCCAGGACUUCAGGGCGAGCUGUGGGUGGCAGACAGCUGGAAGGGGGAGGCUGAGAUUCACAAAACAAAGACAUGCUACAACUAAGACGGAGCUGCUGCAUGAGGAGAGGAGUGACGGAGUGAAGGCAGACACGAGCUGACGGAGCACAGACCGCUGAACAGAUUCACGAUCCGUUUGUUGGAGAAGGUGCAGAAGGUGCAGCGAUGGGCUAAAUGGAUGUGAGGAGGUGAGAGGAAGUCAUGCUGAACGCUCUGCACGGCUGCUUCAAACAUGAUUUCUCUGACACCGCCAUGUACCUUCACCUCCUCUUCCUCCCGCUCUUCACCAGGAAACCUGGAUGAUAAACUUGACUGUGCUCAUCAUCUUUGAGUCUGCUGUUUACACCUCACAAACUCUUUUUCAUUCUGUUUCUCCUCUCCGGAUGGCCGGUGGAUGGAUGCAGUCACCUCAGUCUGAAUAAUUGGAAGUUAAAGAGUUACACUGCAUCACCAGAGGAGGAGAAAACACUUCCACAAACUGGAAGAUGAAGAUGAGAAUUCACAGCUUCGUGUUUGUUUGUCAGGAGUCUGUAACAGAAAUAUAAAGACAGAACUCCAGACUGAUCCAAUGCCCGCAGCCUACCGGUGGCAUCAUGUCGUACGUUGCUGGUAACGGCGGUUUCCUGCAGGGUGUGGUAGCACCGUCAUGGUGGUAUACUGUCGUGUUGUUAGUUUGUCUCCAGCUCUCCUGGCUGAGCCCGGUCCAGGCCACCGUCUGCCCAUUUCAGGGCUCCUCCCUGGCAGGUGGGUGCCUCUGCACCUCGGACAUCCUGAGCUGCACGGCCGUGGGUCUGGAGCAGGUCCCUGGGGACGUACCGGUCUCUGCCGUCACUCUGGAUCUCAGCCAUAACCGGAUUGUGCAAUUGGAGUGGGGCAGUUUUGAAGGCCUUUAUCGAUUAGAGACAUUACGGUUAGCACACAACCAGCUGACCACCAUCCACCCGGGAGCAUUUCGAAACAGCUCCGGGACUCUGCUUCGACACCUGGACCUGUCAUCCAAUCAGCUUCGUGUUCUGGAGCAGCAUUACUUCUUAGACCUGCCUGGACUGGAGGAACUGCUACUGUUCAACAACCGGAUCGUCCAUGUGGAAAGCCGAGCUCUGGCUGGACUGGGCAGCCUUCGCAAGGCCUACCUCAGUCAUAACCGCCUCACUGACUUCCCCUUCUUUUCCAUCCAAGAGCACAGCCACCCUCACCUGUCCAUGCUGGAUCUGUCCUCAAACCGCCUGCCCAAGCUGCCCCUGGAGGAUAUAUCAAACUUACCCCUAUCAGUCCAGAGAGGACUGUACCUUCACAACAACUCCCUGGUGUGCGAGUGUUCCAUGUACGGACUCUUCCGGCACUGGGAACAGAAAGGUUUCACCUCGGUAAGCGACUUUAGGCAGGAGCACACCUGUCUGGUCUUCGGGAUACAGAAAGGCACCGUGCGCUUCUUCAAACACGACCGCUACUUUGAAAAAUGCAACCUGACGGCACUGAGUGGGUUGCUGAGGGAGCAAGAGAGCAGUGUCUCAGUGAAGGAGGGAAAAGCUGUGCUGCUGCACUGCGUGACCACUCUGACCGGACGGCAUGUGACCUUUCUCUGGGUGGCGCCCAAUCAGGAGUAUGUGGCACCGCCGGGAAACAACGGAUCCUUAAAGAUGUACGCCAACGGCAGCUUGGAGAUCGUGGCGGCUCGCGAGGCAGAUUCUGGUGUGUACUGGUGCAUGGCUCUGGACCAGCAGCAGAAGCGCAAUGAGACGCAGGAGGUCAACGUGACUGUGGUGCUGCACCAUGAGAGCGACCCGCAUGAGUCCUUCAACACUGGAUUCACCACCCUGCUGGGCUGCGUGGUGAGCCUGGUGUUGGUCCUCAUGUACCUCUACCUGACGCCUUGCCGCUGCCCUCCCUGCCUCAAGACCUCCACCCCCAUCACUGCCACCCCGGGUCAAGGGAACGAGGUUGGUGCAGGGAGCGCCCAAUCGUCUAUCCUCACCCCGACCCCGCCGACGACCACCGAGGGCCCGGGCCGCAAGGUCAGCACCAACAAGCAUGUGGUGUUUCUGGAGCCGAUCAAAGAGCAGCAGAACGGCAGACUCAGGACGGGGCCGGUAGCCGGGGCAGUGCACGGCGGACACUUGGGUCCGGGUUUACUGCUAGAGCCAGAGCAGAGCUCAAAGCUCCACAUCCAGUCGCAGCAGAGGGCGGGGGAGACGGACUCCUUCGUAUCCAUGUUCUCAGACACUCCCAUCAUGUUGCCAUAGCAACGGCACAAACAGAGAGACAGACUGGCACUAUCAUCACCUCUCACACACUUCCUUUCUCCUCCGUUCCUCUGGUUACCUCCUCGCCACCUCCCACUGCAUCCAGCACUUGACCUGAGCAAACCAAACCAGUACUCCCACACUGACUCAGAGCUCUUCAAACUUAGACUUUGUAUGCUUUAGGCUGUGAGGCUUUAAACUGCCUGAUGAAACACAAUCAAAGUGCAAUUUUAAGAGAUGAAAUAACCAAAUUUACAGAACUAUUGUUGUUUGCCCAGGUCUGCCCACUAAGCCCUGCAGCCAUGUACCAAUGCACUGUGACGGGACGGGCUCAAAGGGAAGGCACGGUGCUCGGGGCGAACGUUAGGGAGUCCAAAGUGUCAGAAGUAGAAAGAAGACUGAGCCAGGAGAGAGUUAGAGCAUGGACCGCUGUCCCUUUAAGCACGGCUUGUACCUUUAAUGAACAUUUGCUCCAGAUGCCUUCUUGUCUCAUACAGAGAAAAACAACAAAUGAUCUUUUUUAAAGCUUUUUAGCGUUUCCUGUUUUUCUUUCCAGAGUCGGUGUGUCAGUCAAUUCGAGCCAAAAUGAUCCGCCUAGUGUAGCUCUGUCACAACGUGAGGCGUUUUAUAGAGUUUAGACAAGCGAGAAGAAGAAGAAGAAGAAGAAGGUUUUAGAAAGUAAAAAUAGAAACUGAUUUAAAGGUACGACUCUCCCUCCUUCCUCCUCCUCUUCCUCUGAACAUGAUUAGUGUCAUCAGUUCAGGAAAAAAAGAGAAAUGAAAAUGAAUUGUGCUGAAGGGAACAGCUGCAGUUUGAGUUCAUUCGAGACUUUUCAAAGGUUUCAUCGAUCAAAGUGACGAAGGACAGAUCGGUCUGUGUGAUGAAUAAACAGCAGGACUGACAUGUUUGUGUUUAGACUGUCUUCACUGUAUUCACUGCAUCUCCCCCUCCUCCUCUCUUUAUCUGUGUGUUAAUAAAGCUGUAUCUGACCGUCCAGGUGAAUGUCCGCCUUGUUAUUGUUCUUCAGGCACUCAACUUGGUGCAUGAUAAUGGAAGUCUGUGUGUUUAUUCAUAGCCUGAAAUAUUGACACUAAUCCUUCAAACACACGAUUCAGUUUCAAACCACAGACGUCACAGUGAACAAUCAGUCUGCAGUACAGACAGAACAAACUGUAAGAAAAUGAUUUUCAUAAAUCACAGCAGCAGAUCAGUCAAAAAUCUGUUCAACACCUCCUACUAUCAUCACCUCCACCGCUGUCAUCAUCAUCAUCAUCUCC